UGUUUUGUUGUGGUCACUAAUGAAAUAAAAAUAAACAAAGUCCAGUGAAAAAUUAUUUUGCUAGGCAGAAUCCACGAUCAUUCUGCUGUGCAUAUUGCUUGAAAAUGUGAGAAAGGCAGAUAUAUUCGAUAUAUUAAGUACGUGAUGACACUGCAGCGAGGUUUUCUUCGUGCGAAGAGCCAUGAGCGGGACGAAGAGGACGAUGAUGAAGACGACGAUUCGGAUACAAUAACUGAGCUGUCGUUUUCAAGAUCCCCUACUAGCAGCUUGGGAAGGAGUAGCACCGGCUCGAUUCCAUGGGCAGAGGACGCUGUGAAACAGAAUCAACAGGAAUGGGAACGUAUUGAGCGAAUGUUUUAUGGUGAGGAGGAACUUCCAAAAGACAGUAAGAUACGAGAGGAGUUUGUAGAAUGGAUGACUGCGUUCCCCCAUUUGAGAAUUGUCGGGAAUGGAAUAACAGUUCAGGAGAGCCCAUUAUCAAAAUGUUCUGAUCAAUUUCAUGAAGAAAUAUUUGCCAUUGAUCCACCAUCAGCGAGUCGCAUUCGUUCGUCUAAAAGUGGUAAAGUGGUGAAACAAGUAAAGGAAUGUGAAUUGCAGCUUGUUCCUAACGAUAUCGAAAGGUAUCUUCAUAUCAGUUCUGGUCAUGUAAUGCGAAACAAUCAUAGAAAUGCCAAAGAUUUAUUUAAGAAUAAUGAUUCGCUAGUUUCGUUCGUAGAUACAGUAGAAAAACCUUUAAAGCAAAAAUCUUCAAACAAUCUGGUUAUUCCGACAUCAAAUCAGUCGUUCGGUAUUUUAAUAAGCAACAAUUAUAAUUAUCUGACGGAAUCAAACUUGGCAAACAGCAGAAAUGGUAGCGCACAAUCUGUUACACGCUUCAACAAUAGUAUUAUGCACAAGAAAUUGGCACCACUUGGUCAGCGACCAGAACCGAGGCAAAUUGAGCUGGAAAAGCCGGUAUUAUCCUCGUCGGCUUCAGCAACAAACACCCGUAUACCACCUCUUGGUUCAAACUUCAAAUUUAUCGUCCGAAAUCGCAACGUUAAUACUGUCAGGACAGAAAUCGAUCAGCGACACGUAAAGUUCAACAUGGUUAAAUCUGCUACCUCCUCUCGUUAUCCGCUGUCCCCCACCAAAAACAGUAUCAUACUUCCGUCGUUGUCCUCGCUGGAUGCACGGGAGAGAACUGGAACGAUUACUCGCGGCUCUCGGAAGGAGUCUUUUAAUUCUCAAAUUGUGGGGCGUUCAAUUUCGGCUGCUAUCACACAGAAAAAUUCAUCCAAACUCAACGGGAACGGUCACACCCCCAAAGUGAAUAUUAUUCAUUAUCACUGAAAUUAAAUCUAAGAAGCAAGAGAGAUCAGCCUAGAAUAUCGUAUAAUUUGUUGCGAGCUUUUUACAAAUAUUUUACUAGAUCUAAGAAUUUUAUACGUUUGUAAGUCGCAGAAAAAAUAUCCUAUGUUUGCAAAUAACAUAAUAAAGUUCAAUCGGGUAUGAUAGCGCUUUA